UGCUCCUCCUCCUUCCUCACGCUGCCAAAUCCUCCUGGAGGCUCUCGCUGGCCCACUCCUCGGAAUACAGCCUGUUUCUGUGUCGGCGGAGAGCAACAUGGCAGACUCUGCCGUUCAAUCCGACGGGAGAAACGGCGGGAUUGUGAUUGCCGAUGACUGGCCAGGCUACAGUUUAGACCUCUUCAGCUAUCCAGCUCACUACUCCGGAGAUUUGGACUGUGUCAUCAUUCCGCAUGGCGUGAUUAUGGACAGGACAGAACGUCUGGCUCGAAACAUCAUGGAUGACCUGGGGGACCAUGACAUCGUGGUGCUGUGCGUGCUGAAAGGAGGCUACCAGUUCUGUGCAGACCUGGUGGACCGGAUCAAGGCGCUUAGCCGCAACUCCAACCGCACAAUCCCCAUGAGGGUCCACUUCAUCCGUCUCAAGAGCUACCUGAAUGACCAGUCGACGGAGGACCUUCACAUACUUGGAGCAGAAGAUUUGUCCUUUUUAGCUGGAAAGAAUGUGCUGAUCGUGGAGGCCGUUGUAGGCACCGGAAAGACAAUGAAGACUCUCCUGAAGCAUGUGGAAGCCUUCAGGCCCAACAUGAUCAAAGUAGCAGGAUUGCUGGUGAAGAGAGUGCCACAUAACUCAGCGUGUCUUCCUGACUAUGUCGGCUUUGAGAUACCCAAUCGGUUUGUGGUGGGAUAUGCCUUGGACUACAAUGAGUACUUUAGAGACCUAAAUCAUAUUUGUGUGAUCAGCGAAAGCGGGAAGAUGAAAUACAAGAUUUAAAAAAAACACACAAGAGGUGACUGUCACACAGAUGUCAUCCAACAGCAAGCCUGAACAUUUUCCCGUGGAUGCCACUCACUCACAGCUGCUAUCGUGACAUUUGAUCUCAAGCGUCCCUGUUUUGUUAUGACAUUCCUUCUCUGAAAGUUUUAUCUGUUUUAACAGUAGGCUCUGACAUGAAACUUGGCAUUUUAGGAAAGCUAGCACAGGCUUUACGGCGAUUUAAAGCCGCAGCCUGACUCUUUGUGUUUACAGAGCUGAUUCACAUGGAAAAUGUUUACUGCUACUGUCUGACUAACACAAACGCUAUCUCAUUUUUAACAAACUUGAUAAUCAUGACCUGUAUGAAUGUGAUUUUUUUUUAAGUCGGCGUGUGAUGAUGCAACAAAGGAAAGGGAGUUUUUUUUAUUAGUACAUUUUAGAUAGAGCUUUUCAUCUUCUUCACCUGUUCAUUGCUGUUUGUUAGGUAGUUCUCCUGCUGUCACCUUUAAUGCUCAGGGGCCAACAAAGUAGUUCUGUAAACACUAACUACCUCUUUUUGUUUUUUCAGUAUUUGAGGUGUAUUGGGACACUUGCCAUUUCUGUAUUUCCUUUUAUAAUCAAACACAUCACUAAACUUUUUUUCAACAUUU